AUGGAUGUGCGCGGUGUUGUUCUAUGUGAGGGAAACCUUGUUCUACCUCCUCUCCUUUCUGCUGUUCCAGGGGACACCAUCAUACGGCGACAUACUGUGGAGAUGGCUGAAUUUUACCGGGAUCUCUUGGCCAAGUCCCUGUUCGGGCGUUUGUUUAGCUUCUUGGUGAAUACCAUGAACUGCUGCCUCCACAGUCAAGAUGAGCACAGCAGCCCACAGACUUUGGAUAUUGGAAUAUUGGACAUCUUCGGUUUUGAGGAAUUUCAAAAGAAUGAAUUUGAACAACUUUGUGUCAACAUGACCAAUGAGAAGAUGCACCACUACAUCAAUGAAGUGCUUUUUCUACACGAGCAAACAGAAUGUGUACAAGAGGGAGUUACCAUGGAAACAACUUACUCUCCUGGUAACCAGACUGGAGUUUUGGAUUUUUUUUUCCAGAAGCCAUCUGGAUUUCUCUCUUUAUUGGAUGAAGAAAGUCAGAUGAUUUGGUCAAUGGAACCAAAUCUUCCCAAAAAGCUACAAAGUCUCCUCGAAUCGUCAAACACAAAUGCAGUCUAUUCCCCCAUGAAGGAUGGGAACGGGAACAUGGCGCUCAAAGACCAGGGCACGGCGUUCACUACCAUGCACUACGCAGGAAGGGUUAUGUAUGAAAUUGUUGGAGCAAUUGAAAAAAAUAAAGACACCCUCUCACAGAAUCUUCUAUUUGUAAUGAAAACUAGUGAAAAUGUCGUGAUCCAUCAUUUGUUCCAGUCGAAACUGUCACAGACGGGAUCCCUCGUGUCCUCCUAUCCUUCUUUUAAGUUCAGAGGACAGAAAUCAUCCCUGCUCAGUAAGAAAACGGCAGCUUCUUCAAUUAUUGGAGAAAACAGGAAUUAUCUAGAACUCAGUAAGUUAUUAAAGAAGAAAGGAACUUCUACAUUUCUUCAAAGAUUGGAACGGGGAGGUCCAGUCACCAUUGCAUCGCAACUCAGGAAAUCUCUAACGGAUAUUAUUGGAAAACUUCAGAAGCGCACUCCGCACUUUGUUCAUUGCAUCAAGCCCAAUAACUCAAGACUGCCAGAUACUUUUGAUAAUUUUUAUGUGUCUGCUCAGCUACAAUAUAUUGGGGUCCUGGACAUGGUGAAGAUCAUCCGGUAUGGAUACCCUGUUCGCCUCUCCUUCUCGGAUUUCCUGUCAAGUUGUCUUCCUCAGGAGCAGUGUGUCUGCACCAGCUCGCAUACCACUGUAGCUUUGGUAGAAGCUGCUUUGAUGGGAGUCCGAAAAGUGUUUCUAAAAUACUGGCACACUGACCAGCUCAAUGAUUUGUGCCUGCAGCAGCAGAGAAAAAUUAUCACCUGCCAAAAAGUUGUAAGAGGAUUUCUAGCACGCCAGCACUUGAUUCAGAAAAGGAGCAUCAGACAGCAAGAGGUCACGUCCAUCAACAGCUUCCUGCAGAUUACAGAGGACAUGGGGCUGAAGACCUACGAUGCCCUGGUCAUUCAGAACGCUUCUGACAUUGCCCGUGAAAAUGACCGGCUGCGGAAUGAAAUGAAUGCUACUUACCAUAAGGAGAAGGUGGAGGCCAGACACAAGCCAGAGGAAGGAACCAAAAG